UCCUUACUUACAGCAUAAAUUCAUUUCGUUCUUAAAACAUAGGUCUUGGCUGGCUGACAUAAAUCUCUAUUUAUUCAACCUGUCAUCUUUAGCUGUGGGGUCAAUAUUAAUUGUGUAAACCAACCACCAGAUCUACCUUAUAAUGGAGAUGGUGAAAGUUAUAGCAAAAUUGCAGCAUUUUUUGUUUGAGAAAAUGAGUGGCACCGUUUCAUUCCUUUAUAAAUUGUUUAUUACGUAUAUAUGAUGGUCCUGAUCUCCUCAGGGAAACAUUAAACCAACAAGGCUCAACACCAUGAUGUGCAGAUUAACAUGGAUGAAAUUACAAGAUAAGAACUCUAUAGCAGCAGCUUGAUAUCCUGGACAAAUCCGUCGAUAGGGGAUCUGUCGAGUACCUGCAUCUUUGCACCUUGUUUAUCAGCGUCAGGCAGUCGAAGGCUACCUGAAACUUAUGAAACCCGGCGUUUUUGGCAAAGAUGAGGGCCUGACAAACAUCGAGAGCUUCAGCCACUUGUGGCUUUGGAUAUGGUCGUAGAAAUAUCGAUAACAUUGAUUUCACGCCAAUAACACUCCCUGAUGAUCGUGAACCAUGACACCACAGCCUGCUCAUCCUGGUCAGGGGAAAAUUGAAGAUUGCACAUUGAUCAUAACAGGCCAUCGGGCACAUUGAUCAUAACAGGCCAUCGGGCGGAGUGCUUGGGAUCUAGCAAGAGAUGUCAAGAUAAAAACCUUGCAGGAAAAUCUGUUUCAGAUGCGGUUCAACUGUGAACGGGUUACUCAAGGAGGCCCUUGGAACUUCAGAGGCAAUCCGGUGAUCAUCGCUCCAUAUGACGGGUACUCCAAGCCAUCCUCAAUCGAGUUCACUCCAUAUGAUGGGUACUCCAAGCCGUCCACAAUCGAGUUGUUCACUUUCGCGAUCUGGGCGCGUAUCAUUGAUCUGUCGCUUGCUUAUCAUGGGAAGGUCAAAGCACUGGCAUCAAAGUUGGACGACUUUGUGGAUGCCGAGCCUUCUUCCUUUGAUUUUGAGGGUAAUUUCUAUAGAGUAAGGGUGCGGUUGGAUGUCUGUAAACCUCUGAAAAAGGCUAUUUCUUUGAUCCGUGGUGGUCAGAGGGAGAUUUUUGCGGUCCGGUAUGAACGUCUUCCAGAUUGGUGUCAAGUUUGCGGUAUGAUGGGGCAUGAGUUCAAGGAGCAUGGCGAUGGAGUUCAUUCACCUGUUGCAUUGGUUUUCAAGAACCUCCGCUGGGGGACACGGCGACGCAAUAACACCAAGAAAAACAACGAGGCUAGGAAAACUGAUGACGGAACGACAUGGGGGAUGACACUGCGUCACUUAUGGAUGCAGAUAUGGAGGAGGAAGAGACAAAUCGCAAACUCUCUGCUGGCCAGGAAGAUCAGCCUGUCAAUCCAGUGUCGAUAAUGGACCCGGAGCAAGCACUGGGGGCGGGGAAUGUCGCUCAAGUGGAUGUCCCCCCCCCCCCCC